AGCGUUCUGCAUUCUUCCCUUAAGCCUUGUGCCGUUCAUCCUUCUGCAAAAUUAGCAUCAUCAAAACCCCUCAAUAUAUACUUAGAAUAAUCACCAAUGGCUUUUCUGAAUGCCACUUUUAACUUGUAUCUCCUGGGCUUCGUCGCCUUCUUGUUCGUGUUGAUUAAACUUACAAGACCAACAAAAAAGAAACCCAAUCUGCCUCCAUCUCCGCCGAAAUUGCCAAUUAUCGGCCAUAUUCAUCAGUUAGGCACUCUUCCUUAUCGUUCUUUCAGAGACCUCUCUCUGAAACACGGUCCUCUCUUGUGGUUACAGCUCGGUCGGAUUCCUGCUUUACUGGUCUCUUCUGCAGAUUUGGCCAGAGAACUGAUGAAGAACCAAGACGCAGUUUUUUCUGGCAGGUUUCAAAGCAUAUCUGCCAGAACCUUACUCUAUGGAUGUAAAGAUAUCGCCUAUGCCACCUAUGGCGAAAGCUGGAGACAGAAAAGGAAGAUUUGCGUGCUUGAACUUCUGAGCCUGAAAAGGGUUCGAUCUUUCCGGGUCAUAAGAGAAGAAGAAGUUGCAGAAAUGGUGAAGGAGAUACGAAGAGCUUGUUUGAGUGAUACUAAUUGCUCUGUGAACAUAAGUGACCUCAUAUCUGCCACCACCAACAACAUAAUAUUCAGAUGCAUAAUUGGACAGAAGUAUGAUAUAUCAGAGAGCAGUGGGAGAUUUGGGACGCUUGCGAGGAAGGAGAUGAUUCAUCUUGCAGAGUUGAUGGUGGGAGAUUUCUUUCCUUGGUUGGGUUGGCUUGAUGUUCUCACUGGGAAAAUUCAAGAGCUUAAAGACACGUUUAAAGCCAUGGAUGGGUUCUUUGAUGAGGUGACCGAGGAUCAUAAGAAGGUGAUAAAGAAGGACGAUGAGAAGAAAGACUUUGUGGAUAUUCUUCUUCAACUUCAACGGAGCGAUAAGCUUGAAUUCGAACCCACCCAAAAUGACCUCAAAGCCAUCCUAACGGACAUGUUUUUAGGAGGGAACGAGACUACAUCGACGACGCUGGAGUGGAUUUUAACAGAGCUGUGGAGAAAUCCAAGAAUCAUGAAGAAGGCGCAACAAGAGGUGAGAAAAGUGGUGGGUUCCAAAUCAAAAGUGGACGAAAGUGACAUAAACGAAAUGAAGUACUUGAAACUUGUCAUCAAAGAAGCUCUGAGAUUACACCCACCGGCUCCUUUCUUGAUCCCUCGAGAAACGGUCUGUGAUGCAAAACUAGGAGGCUAUGAUAUUCCUUCCAAAACACUGAUAUUUGUGAACAUAUGGGCAAUCCAAAGGGACCCAGAAAUAUGGGAAAAUCCUGAAGAUUUCAUCCCAGAGAGAUUUGAGAAGAAUCAGAUGGAUUUCAAAGGACAAGACUUUGAAUUCAUCCCAUUUGGUUCUGGGAAAAGGACAUGUCCUGGUGUGGCCUUUGGACUUGCUUCAGUUGAGUUCCUGCUGGCCAAUCUUCUUCACUGGUUUGAUUGGAAUCUGCCUAAAGAUGGUUCACCCGAGUGUGACAUUGAUAUGAGUGAGACGUAUGGGCUCACAGUGAAGAAGAAAGUCCCUAUUUGUCUUCAACCUAUACCGCUCUCGCUCCAAUCUCAAUCUGCUUAAUUUGCUCUCUAUCAUGUCUUGUGCAAAUACUUGUGAUUUGUUUAUGAAGUUAAGUGGUAUAGGACUAAAUAAAUGAGUCUGAUUUGUGGAUGUAAUAUUGUAUCAGGUUUUAUCUUCCUAGAAAAAUACUACGUGCAGGGCAGAAUAAAUGAGUACGAGCAUGAUCAGUGGUUGUUGAUUCUGUGUUUGUUUUUGUGCCA